CCCAAAAACUUCAAUUAGUCCACUCAUUUUUUCCAAGCUCUCUCUCAGUAGUCUUCUUCAAUGAAGCAGCCAUUGCAGCAGCAGCAGCAGCAAUACCAGUGAGAGAGAGCUCCCCAGAUGUCCCUCCUCUUCCUUCUCUUUCUCUCUCUACAACUCCACCUCUCUCCUCUCUCCUCCUCCUCCUCCACCACCGCAUCCGCCGCCCGCCACCUCCACGCCACCGCCUCAUCAUGUCCUCUCGAUUUCGACGUCCUUCGCCGACUCAUUCAAUUCUCCAAUCGUCCAAAAUUCGACUCCGUUUCCAUCUCUUGUCACUACAUCAAGGCGGGUCUCCGACUUGUUCAGUCCGAGUAUCUCCGAACCACCAACAAUUUUCUUCCUCCGAUUGACUCCGCCGAGUCUUGUUGGGUUUCGUACCAAACCCUAAUCAACGAUUUCUUCCCCAAUUUCAAUGAUAUUCGCAAAAUCUGUGGUUUCCAGACCUCCUGGAUCGCCGAGGGUUGUAUGAACAUCACUACUCGUGAUGACUUCGAAGGCAAUGUCUCGAAAUUGGCGUUAAAGGAUGCCGUGUCGGCGUGCAAUCAAUCUCUUGGUAACGGUUCGCCGUGCGCUUCUUGCACCACCAGUCUCUCGAGCCUCCAGCCUUCGAAUUUGAAAGGCCGAUCAAUCGGAAACCUCUCCGAUUGCACGGCGUACCCUUCGAUUUACGCCGCCGCGUUUAUCAAUCGUUUCGGUCCAACCGACGAAGGUACUUCCCAGUGUCUGUUUGGUUUUGAUUUUUCUGAUUUGAGCAAUUCGAAUGGUAGAGUUAGAAAAAUUGUGAUUUGUGUAGUUGUGAUGGGUUGUGGGUUUGUUUUGUUUCUGGGUUGUGGUGGGUUUUGGAUUUUACGGCGAAAACGCGAGAAAAUUAGGGAGAGAAGUAAGGUUGAUCAAGAGAGAGAAACUAAUUUAGCUUUUGGAAUGAAUUCAAUCAAUGAAAGUACUACUUUAGUUAGGUACACAUUUGAUGAAAUUAGGGAAGCAACAAAGAAUUUCUCCAGGUUGAACAUAAUUGGGAGAGGUGGGUAUGGGAAUGUUUACAAAGGGGUAUUGCCGGAUGGCUCUGAAGUUGCGUUAAAGCGGUUCAAGAAUUGCUCGGUGGGAGGCGAUGCAAUUUUCGCCCACGAGGUUGAGGUCAUUGCAAGCGUUCGACAUGUGAAUCUCGUGGCUUUGAGAGGGUAUUGUACUGCUACUCCUCCUCUAGAAGGCCACCAGAGGAUAAUUGUGUGUGAUUUGAUGAGGAAUGGUAGUCUUCAUGACCACCUAUUCGGGUUUGAGGAGAGGAAGCUGAGUUGGCCAACUCGCCAGAAGAUUGCGAUUGGAACAGCUCGUGGGUUGGCCUAUUUGCAUUAUGGUGCCCAACCCAGUAUAAUUCAUAGGGAUAUUAAAGCUAGUAACAUACUUUUAGAUGACAAGUUUGAAGCCAAGUUGGCAGAUUUUGGCCUUGCGAGGUUUACCCCGGAGGGAAUGACACAUUUGAGCACUAAAGUGGCCGGUACAAUGGGUUAUGUUGCGCCUGAGUAUGCAUUGUAUGGGCAGUUGACAGAGAGGAGCGAUGUUUACAGCUUUGGUGUUGUGUUUCUUGAGCUUCUGAGUGGAAAGAAGGCGAUUAUGGCGGUUAAUGAAGGGCAGCCCUCGCUUGUGACCGAGUGGGCGUGGUCCUUGGUAAAGAAAGGCAGAGCUUUAGAUGUGAUUGAAGAUGGUAUGCCAGAUUUGGGACCUCCAGAAGUUAUGGAGAAGUAUGUAUUAGUAGCAGUGCUUUGUUCUCACCCACAGUUAUAUGCUAGGCCAACAAUGGACCAGGUUGUAAAGAUCUUGGACAUGGACACGGACUUGCCGGUUCCCUCUAUCCCUGAGCGUCCAAUUCCUCUAAAUGCUGAUAUUGAUGAUAUCGAGAGGUCUGUGAGCAGUAGUGGUUCGGGUAAUCUAUCCACUUCUACUGGAUAUCGGACAUACACGCUUGAGAAUGACUGCGCUUCUAACCCUACAGAAGGGGAAAGUUCAGGCGGUGUAUGAAAAUGAGACUAGAUUCUCUCGAGUUGACUGGAGGGUUCGAUCUAAUUUUUUUUUGUCACGAUUCACUUGGUUGGAUCAACAAGAUUUUUGAAGUCUUGUAAUUUUUUUUUUUCCUCCACAAGUUUUAAUUAUGGUCUUGAUUCAUUUGUGGAUUAAUUAGAAUCGCUUCCCCUGUAAAGAAAAAUGUAGCAGUAGGUUGUAUAGCCCUAGUUGAUUUUAUUCAUUUUUAAUGAAAAAUAGUUCAUAAUUUUGAGUUUGUUGUCUA